AGUGAGAGCUUUUUGACUGUCAAAGGUGCUGCCCUUUUUCUACCACGGGGAAAUGGUUCGUCCACACCAAGAAUCAGCCACAGACGCAACAAGCAUGCAGGCGAUCUUCAACAGCAUCUCCAAGCAAUGUUCAUAUUACUCCGCCCAGAAGACAACAUCAGGCUGGCUGUAAGACUGGAAAGUACUUACCAGAAUCGAACACGCUAUAUGGUAGUGGUUUCAACUAAUGGUAGACAAGACACUGAAGAAAGCAUUGUCCUAGGAAUGGAUUUCUCCUCUAAUGACAGUAGCAUUUGUACCAUGGGCUUAGUCCUGCCUCUCUGGAGUGACACCCUAAUACACUUGGAUGGUGAUGGUGGGUUCAGCGUAUCAACAGAUAACAGAGUUCACAUAUUCAAACCUGUAUCUGUACAGGCAAUGUGGUCUGCACUACAGAGUUUACACAAAGCUUGUGAAGUGGCCAGAAUGCAUAACUACUAUCCAGGCAGCCUAUUUCUCACCUGGGUGAGUUAUUAUGAGAGCCAUAUCAACUCAGAUCAAUCCUCAGUCAAUGAAUGGAAUGCUAUGCAGGAUGUGCAGUCCCACCGGCCCGACUCUCCAGCUCUCUUCACAGACAUACCAACUGAACGUGAGCGAACAGAAAGACUAAUUAAAACCAAAUUAAGGGAGAUUAUGAUGCAGAAGGAUUUGGAGAACAUUACAUCCAAAGAGAUACGAACAGAGUUGGAAAUGCAAAUGGUGUGCAACUUGCGGGAAUUCAAGGAAUUUAUAGAUAAUGAGAUGAUAGUGAUCCUUGGUCAAAUGGAUAGCCCUACACAGAUAUUUGAGCAUGUGUUCUUGGGCUCAGAAUGGAAUGCCUCCAAUUUAGAGGACUUACAGAACCGAGGGGUACGGUAUAUCUUGAAUGUCACUCGAGAGAUAGAUAACUUCUUCCCAGGAGUCUUUGAGUAUCAUAACAUCCGGGUAUAUGACGAAGAGGCAACAGAUCUCCUGGCGUACUGGAAUGACACUUACAAAUUCAUCUCUAAAGCAAAGAAACAUGGAUCUAAAUGCCUUGUGCAUUGCAAGAUGGGGGUGAGUCGCUCAGCCUCCACUGUGAUUGCCUAUGCAAUGAAGGAAUAUGGCUGGAAUCUGGACCGAGCCUAUGACUACGUGAAGGAAAGACGAACAGUGACCAAACCCAACCCCAGUUUUAUGAGACAACUGGAAGAGUACCAGGGGAUCUUGCUGGCUAGCAAACAGCGGCAUAACAAACUCUGGAGAUCUCAUUCAGAUAGCGACCUAUCAGACCACCAUGAACCCAUCUGCAAACCUGGGCUAGAACUCAACAAGAAGGAGAUCACCACCUCAGCAGACCAGAUUGCUGAGGUGAAGACCAUGGAGAGUCACCCACCCAUACCUCCCAUUUUCAUGGAACAUGUGGUCCCACAAGAUGCAAAUCAGAAAGGUCUCUGUACCAAAGAAAGAAUGAUCUGCUUGGAGUUUACUUCUAGGGAAUUUCAUGCCGGACAGAUUGAGGAUGAAUUAAACUUAAAUGACAUCAAUGGAUGCUCGUCAGGGUGUUGUCUGAAUGAAUCAAAAUUCCCUCUUGACAACUGCCAUGCAUCCAAAGUCUUAAUCCAACCUGGACAAGCCCCAGAAAUGGCCAGCAAGUUCCCAGACUUAACAGUGGAAGAUUUGGAGACAGAUGCACUAAAAGCAGACAUGAACGUUCACUUACUGCCCAUGGAAGAAUUGACAUCUCGACUAAAAGACCUCCCCAUGUCCCCUGAUCCUGAGUCACCAAGCCCCCAACCCAGUUGCCAGGCUGAAAUUUCAGAUUUCAGUACAGAUCGCAUUGAUUUUUUUAGUGCCCUAGAGAAGUUUGUAGAACUGUCCCAAGAAACCCGGUCCCGAUCUUUUUCCCACUCAAGGAUGGAGGAAGUGAGUGGAGGAAGGAAUGAGAGCUGUCGACUGUCAGUGAUAGAAGUAGUCCCUUCCAAAGUGACAGCUGAUGACCAGAGAAGCAGCUCUUUGAGUAAUACUCCCCAUGCAUCUGAAGAAUCUUCAAUGGAUGAGGAACAGUCAAAGGCAGUCUCAGAACUGGUCAGCCCAGAGACCUUCAUGCAAUCUCACUCAGAAAAUGCAGUUUCAGUCAAAGAAAUCAUCACUGAAAUUGAGUCCAUCAGUCAAGGAGUUGGACAGAUCCAACCUAAAGGAGACAUCCUAUCUAACCCAUGCCAUACACCAAAGAAGAACACCAUCCAUGAGCUGCCCCUUGAGAGGCCCCAGGCCCCAGAGAACAAACCUGGACCUCUGGAGCAGGACGAGGGUUUCUGCACAGCCCAGCCCAAACUAGCCAAACACUCAGGGAAGUGCGACUCAGAAGGCUGCCUAACCACGCACUCAUCCACAGCAGACUGGGAAGAAGAGGAACCAGAGGGGGAACAAGAGCUCCAUGGCCCAGGGAUGCAUCCGGGUGCCAAGUGGUGCCCUGGAUCUGUGAGGCGAGCCACCUUGGAGUUUGAAGAGCGCUUACGGCAGGAACAAGAGCAUCAUGGUGCUGCCCCUGCAUGUACCUCAUUGUCCACUCGAAAGAAUUCCAAAAAUGAUUCUUCUGUAGCAGACCUAGCACCAAAAGGGAAAAGUGAAGAAGCUAACCCAGAACAUUCAUUUGUCCCUAAGGAACCAGAGAUGAACAAGGGCAGUGGGAAAUGCAGUGGGUCCGAGGUUGGCCCACUAUCCCAUUCUGAGCAGAAUGCCAUUUUUCCAGCACCUGAGCUGCUGGAAUUUCACCCCUUUCCAGCUCCUCAGGAGUGCCCAGGGUCAGAUGUUAGAACAAAGCAGGAAGGGGUCCUGAAGGAACAGAGAACUGUGAUUUCAUACCAGGGGUCUGAAAUACAGGCAUUCCCUCUCCCCCUUCCCAAGAGGAUAGAAAUCAUUGAGUAUACCCACACAGUUACAUCACUUGAUCACACUGGGCUAGGGGGUAAAAUAGCCACCAGCAAAAACAGUGGGGAGCAAGGACUGAGGAAAGUGAAAGUGGAGAAGUCGGUCACUGUGCUCUGUGCAUUGGAUGAAAAUCUGAACAGGACUCUAGAUCCCGACCAGGUUUCUCUGCACCCUCAAGUGCUACCUCUUCCUCAUUCUUCCUCUGCUGAGCACAACAGGCCCACUGACCCAGCCUCCACACUGAGCAGCACUGAAGACAGCAGCAACAGCCCAGCUACAGCCCUGGAGACAAUAGCGUCUUUUGUCGGUUGCACAACCCACACACCGUCUGCCAACUUGGAUUACCUGCAUCCCCAGACCAUGGUUCACCUGAAAGGCUUCACAGAGCAAAGCAGCACCACAGAUGAGCCCUCUGCAGAACAGCCUAGCUGGGAAGAAAGUCAGGAGGGCCCCCUCUGCAGUGGCAGUGAAGUGCCAUACCAGGGCUCCCAGUUAAGUAGCAAAGACUUGAGUUUAAUUGGCAAUCUUGGUGAAAACAUUGGGGAGUUAGAGGAAAAACUGGACCCAUCAUCUUUAGCCUGUCAACUCCCACAUAGCGCUAGUGAAAAUAUAAAGGGUCUCAGCCACAGCCCCAGUGUGGUGAAGGAGUGCACUAACGAAAUCGAGUCCCAAGUGAUUUUUCAGGCAGAACUCACCAAACCAUCCCAAAUGAGGCGCUCAGCUUCUCUCGCCAAGUUAUGUUACUUGGACCUCUGCAAAGACUGUUUACCAGAGAGGGAGCCUGUCUCCUCUGAGUCCCCUCAUCUCAAACUGCUUCAGCCCUUUAUCAGAACAGACUUGGGCAUGCAUACCAUGGAGGCUCGGGAGCCCCUAGAAAACCCAGGUGCCUCCAAGAACCCAGAGCCCACCAAGUAUUUUGUAGAGCAACUCAAAACUACAGAGUGUAUCGUGCAAAGCAAGCCAGUGGAGAGGCCCCUUGUGCAGUAUGCCAAAGAAUUUGGUUACAGUCAGCAGUGUUUGCUCCCCAGGGCAGGACCUGAAUUGACUAGUUCUGAAGGAGGCCUUCGUCUGCUACAGACCCAGGGACUGCUGUGUGCAAGCCCAGCUCUAGGGCUGGCUGUGGCACCCCGUCAGCAACAUGGCAGAACUCACCCACUUAGGAGACUGAAAAAGGCAAAUGAUAAAAAACGGACAACCAACCCCUUCUAUAAUACCAUGUGAUUCUGAGCCUAUACGUGUGACUUUCUCAAAGAAAUGUUUGUAAAAGGGGCAGGUGUAAUAUGUAAGGAACAUGCACUUUAUUGGUUAAUUUUAUAAUAUUUUGGUCAUUUUACUGUUUCUGGCGCAUGCAGGGUUUGGAUUUUUCUCUGUGUGUGUGUGUGUGUGUGUGUGUGUGUGUGUGUACUAUGUAAGGAGAGAGAGAGAUUGAUUUGAACAGCAAGACCAUUUUUCAUUUUUUAUUUUUAAAAAAUUCAAACCUCAAAAAAAACUCAUUUUCAAAGAACACCUUUAUCAAAGGCAAAUUGCUGUUUUUCAGUCAGCUACCACCUGCUCCUUAUUUUGCCCUCUGAGAAAAGGCAUGCAGAUGGAGAGGGUGGAGAUGAAGCUGGGAAUUGAAAUGCUCCCCCCUGGGGCCUUUGUGAUGAUGGUUUGGUUUCCAGACCUGAGGCAUUGGAUGGCCUGCAGGGUGACAGGUUGUCAGAGUGCUCUCGGCCUUUGUCUCCAGCCCCAGCCCUUUGGAGUUCCUGAAAUAGGCAGGUUCUGCUCUGUUUUAAAAGGGGAUCUUCCAGAAUCCAUUUCUGCUGGUAUUCCAGAGUGUAUUGUUACAGAAAGACAUGAUAAUGGCUGGCUUUGUAAGUUUAUCAAGCAAAUAGUUUUCUCCCCAGGAAAAUUUUUUGAUAUUAAAUUAAAAGGGAAGCCCAAACGAAGUCCAAGACAUCUUCUGUUUAGGGAAACAUGUUAAGAGGAGGAGGACAUAAGUUGGGGGUGGAAAACCUGCUGCUUAGUAAUUUCUGGGUUGGUGGGCUCCACACAGGUGGUCACCCUGGCCCUUCCUGCCAGAAAAUGUGCUCUGCAGCAUCCUCUCAGCUAAAACACAAUAGUGACAAAUUUGAAAAACAGCAAUCAAAAGUCAAUGUGUUCUUGUAAAAUGAAUACAUACAUAGGGUUUUAACUCUUCCAUUACUUGAAUAAUUCUGUGGGCCUUGAGUUUAAUGGCCAUAUUUUUUUCCCAUUUAUUUUCCUCCCCCAUAUGUUUCCCCCAUGCUGCCUUUUUUUUAAUCCAUUAUAUUUGAAUUGUUAAUUACAUAUGUAUAACCUUCAUUGAAUGCAAAGUUUUCUUUUGUAUAUUAUCACUGUUAACACUUGACAUAAUUUUUCUUUCCCUGGAAGUUUUGUCAUUUCUCUAAAGUUUAUACACAGUGUUUAUGUACAUAAUGUCAUUUUCUUACAGUGUUUUGUUGUUGAUGUAGGGUCUUUUUGAUUUAUUCUUUUAAAGAAGGAAUAGAGUUGCAACUGGAAAACACAAAGAUAGCAGAAAUAAAACUGAUGGGUAUUGACAGGAAUCUGCACAAUAUAUUGAUGGUGAUUUCAGUGUUUAAAUGCAGACUUCUAAUUGUCAGCUCCUGCCAAAUUGUGCAUUAGUAACUUCCUCCUCAGAGAAAGACUACUCUAAAGGCUCCCUUUAGGUCACAGUGUAACUGUAGGCUGAUUUCUCUUUGAAACUGAAAUCCCACAAUGUUAUCUGCCAGUAGCUGAACCACAGCCAGGGAAGGUGUAUGAGUUGCCCGGAGUGGUAGCUCCUAAUGGAAGCUAGAGGCCGCAGGAGAGUCUUCCACCACGGGCAAGUGCUCAGUGACUCCAUGUAGGAUGCUGUUGCUUUUUAACACAGGAGCACUUGCCAUAAACAAGCCUCUUUCAGCUUCUUACAGAAAACAAUUUAACCUGGAAUGAAACACCUCUGCAGCUCAUCAGUACUGAUGAAGUUUGCAAAUUUGCUUUCUGUUUGCUUUGGUUGAUGUCCACAUUGCUGAGGACUGAUUGAGUACAGACUUGAGACUUAAGUUUUUGGUUCAUCACAGCAUUGAGAGGAAAAGACAGGUGCAUGGACUGUCACAGUGAUUUCAGAGGCCAAAGUUUGUUGGGGCAAGUAGUAGGGCAACACAAAGGAUACAAAAAAGGUGGACUAGGGCCAUCUUAGGGGCUCACAAGGAGCUGUGAAUUCAGUCGCUGUACGGAAGUGACAUCACUGCCAGGGGGCAGGUUGGACAGAAACCACCUGCUAAAAGUGUCUUUAUGGUGUAGUGAUUAUGUGUACCUGUGCUGACCUUUAGUGGUUUCCUUAAAUGUUCAAAUGUUUCAAAAGCUACACAGCUUUGUGAUUCUUGGAUGGUUAUGUGUUGUAAAGUGUUCUGUGUAUCAGUGUAAGGAAGCUUGUGAGACAGGAUUGUGAAUUUCCAGGGCUCACCAUCUAAACUGUCCUGUCUUGCUAAGGCAAUUACACCACCAAUAUGAUAGGGAAAGGACAGGAAAUUAUGGGGGCUGGGAGAGGAGGAUUUGCAUGGAGAUUAAGAGAGUGGCAUCCACUCAGGGUAACCUCUUUGAGAUGUGACAUCCUACACAUUAGGAAGUACAAGCAGUAUUGACAGUGUUGCACUGUUCCUUCUCCCCUGCCAUUGUGUUUAAUGCCCACUCUCGCUGCAUUAAAUAACAAAAAUGGGGAGGAAACCCUCUAAUGCUGUGAAAAAAAAAAUUAUUUUUUUAACAAGUGGAGGAAACAGUUGUGCUCUCCCUUUUUUUUAAAUUACUUUUUUUAUCGUUUAAUUUACCUGCCUAAAUUAACAUGGUCUAUAUAUGGUCUGUAUUUCAACCAUGCCAAGGGGUUUUGCCAGCCCUCUCAAACUCCCACAGUUGGGUGUUCUUGAGUUAUUUACAUGGCUGAGCAAUGUCCAGGGAAGAUACAUAAUGAGCUGUCAAGGACUUUUCACUUCUCUUCAAACUUUUUGAUAAUCUUGGGUGACCUGUUUCCCUUUUUUGUUCCUGGAAAAUCCAGACCUGGAACACCGGGUUUGGUAGAUGGACAGAGAUGAGAAGGAAAAACCUUCACCUCUUGCCCAGUGCCUCACUUUAU